AUGGCAUUGAGUUUAAAUGGAAGAGCUCUUCAUUUUGUAUUUAAAGUUGCUGAUCGUGCUGCUACAGCACGAUUUUAUAGAGAUUUAUUAGGAAUGAAGGUUUUACGUCAUGAAGAAUUUAAAGAAGGUUGUGAAGCUGCUUGCAACGGAUUGUACGAUAACAGAUGGAGUAAGACAAUGAUAGGAUACGGUCCUGAAGAUAGUCAUUUUGUUAUUGAAUUGACUUAUAAUUAUGGAGUUAAAUCUUAUGAAAAAGGAAAUGAUUUUUUGGGUAUAACAAUUAGAUCAAGUGAAAUAAUAAAAAGAGCCAAAGAAAUGAAUUGGGCAAUGGAAGAAGCCCAUGGUAAUUUUGUAUUAGAAGCUCCCGGUGGUUAUAAAUAUAAUAUUAUUAAUGAACCUCAACCACAAAACAAAGAUCCUGUAGAAAAAGUAACCCUAGCUUCUUCUAAUUUGGAAAAAACAGUAAAAUAUUGGAAUGGCAUUUUGGGAAUGAAAAUAAUUAACAAAACUGAUAAAACAGUAUCAUUUUCAUUUGGUGAAAAUCAAUGCGUUCUCGAAUUUAAAGAUAUCGGAGGACCUGUUAAUCAUGCAUUAGCAUAUGGUAGAAUAGCUUUUUCUGUGCCAAAAGCUUCACUACCUGCAAUACAAAGCAGAAUGGAAUCUGAAAAGCAAACUAUAUUAAAACCACUGAUUUCUUUGGAUACUCCCGGAAAAGCAACUGUAACUGUUGUUAUUUUAGCAGAUCCUGACAAUCAUGAAAUUUGCUUUGUGGAUGAUGAAAGUUUUAGACAAUUAUCACAAGUUGAUCCGAAAGGAGAUGCAGAUUUGAACAAAUAUAUGAGGGUCGAUAGAAGUUAA